CGACACGGUACCCUUGACCAGGUGCUCCCGCCCCUUCACAUGCGACCCAAAAAGCAAGACGAGGUCCCUCCAGAUUCUUGCCAGAUGCACUCCUGGUAGGAUGCAGCCAGCAGCUGCCAGCUGCCAGCUGCCAGCCUGCCCAGCCUGCCCAGUCAGGCAGUCAGCCUGUUCAGCCCAGCCAAGUCAAGCUCGGCUCAGAGGCACUAGCUGCUGGCCCAUGGCAUUCAGUUUGUCGCCUUAGACCUAGCUGGAUCCGUCUGAGGUGGCCUAUCACAGGUGACAUUCCAAAGGACCACGGGUGGCGCAGCCCCAUUUUGAGGGCGGACGAGCGCAGAGGCGAGCAGAGUCCUGCAACAAUCAACGUCGUUUGCAAAGCGCCUGAGUGCCUGAGGGAAAGGAAGGAUACCCAGGGUAGCUAGCUGAGCCGUACGUGCCAACCACUGCUCAAGUGCUACCGUGAGCGAGGUAGAUAAUCUAGUCAUCUUGCCCCGCCUUCGAGGUGAACUCAUUCUUAGCAAACGGAACCGAGCAAAAUCCUUGGAAUCCUGGAAUGUCAGCCUCUGCCUUGUUCACUCACACACACAUCUGACAACAAAUUCUUACUCCCCUUUUUUCUUAUCACAACAUACUUGCUGUUUCCAAUCCUGAGUACACACGCUCCCCAGUCAAUACAUCUCGUCCGGCACGCGCGCCGUCUCCUAGUCAGUCUCGUGCAAUAAGCCGACCUCAUCAUGGCUUCCUCGAGGUGGGGCCCCGCCACCUCCAUGCUCCUUGUCCUCUGCGUCAUGCUGGUGCUGUUGCCCGGCAAGGCACACGCAUUCGGAGCUGGAAAUAUCCCAUCGAUUGCCCAGGUCGAAGGCACAAACUGGCGCCAUGGCGACAUUGAGGAUAUGCUCAAGACCGUCGCUUUCCUGCACGGCAAGAAAUGGACCAGCAUGCUGGUGAAGCGGACGUAUUUUGGCAACUGGCUCCGUGAUUACUCCCAGGCUGUAGACGUGGGCUCCCUCAAGGGCUGCAAUGCGCCCACCAUCCGGAUCCUUGUCUGGGUGCUCUCGUUCAUGAGUUUCGGUUACGCCACUGAAGAAUUCGAGGUCACCGAGGAGCGCCUUGGUGUAUACCGACCCGAGGAGCACAUAGACAACCCGCUCGGCUACGCCGACGGUGCGGAUGCUCGCACAUUUGACAGCCGGCUCAGGGGCCCUGUUGAGCCGGUAGAGACUGAGAUCGAUAUGCGGACUGGCAUGAAGAACUACAUCGCCAACGAGUCUGGUGGGUGGGCCACCAGCGCUGGAUACCUGCGCUUCUCCUUUGCGAGGAGCAUCCACUUCGGCAGGCUCUACACCAGCGGGGGAAGCGGCAGGAGCGGCAAGGAGGCCGAUCUCUGUGAGGCUCUGAGGUGCUUGGGCCAGGCCCUCCACUGCAUGGAGGACUUCAGUGCACACAGCAACUACUGCGAGUUGGCGCUGCGGGAACUGGGCUACCACAAUGUCUUUCCACACUGUGGAACUGACGCCCAGAUCAACUUGCGAGGGAAACAUGUCUACCCAAUCGUGACGGGCACCUUUGGAGGCGUCGAUUUCCUUCAUUCGGUUCUUGGCGAGGCUACGGACCACUUCACCCAGUCCGAGGUCGACGAGGUCGACAUUGCGCUGAAGAAUGCCGAGAAAGGCGGCGCUGGGGGCGACCUCAGCCGCGGCGGCUCGACGGGCGAGCGUGGGUUUUUCGGCCUCAGCUUUGGCGGCGGUAGCAGCAACGUCGGGUCGGACUUUAUCUCGAGCAUCGCUAAACUACCGGGCGUGGGGUCGGGUUUUGCUUCAGAGGCCCGCAGCCUCCAGCAAGCCUCUGCGGACCAAGAGCGACAGAACGAGAGCACUCGGGCCAACUUGAACCAGGUUCCAGGCAUGUCGCCGGAUUUCGACCCCGUGCAAACGGCCAAGCGCAUCUACCCGAUCCUCGAGUUCCGGGACAAGAUCGUCAAGUCGCUGUCAAACAUCAUCAGCAAGGUUCCUGGCUUGGAGAAGCUGCUAGAACACAUCAGUGAGACUCUCACCGCGUUCGUGCUUGGCCUUCUGGCCCCAUUUGUGCGACCCAUCAUCAACCAGGUUUCGAAGACUCUCAAAGAUGGCAGCUCAGGAGUCAUCACGGCAAGCGCCAACAACCAGCUGGAGCCGUGGAGGAACCCCUCCUGCACCGAUCCAACUCACUCGAUGCUGUCCAAGGACCACUUCACCAACAUCCUGAACCCCUGCGCCGGCAGAGUUGCUUCUACCAUUUUGCAGUACACAGUUCCUCGCGUGCUGUACGCUUGGGAGCACACAGGCGUGCCAGUUGAUGAAGUCGUCAAUGAUGUGCUCCGCGCCUUCCACCACCCAGCCAUUCGCGACGAGCACGUUCAGGUCCAGAAGGACAUGUUCGAAACCGUGCGUCAAUGGGCUCACGAGUAUGGUCAGAACCACGACCUCAACAACACUCUGGGCUCAGAAUCCGUCAAGAACGGGAAGAACCACAUCAUCCGCCAUGAUCAGAAGGGCGGGCACAACCACGGUGCAAACGAUUGGUCCGCCUGGAAGAACGCCCUCGGUGAAGUCGGCCAUGGGAAAGUUGCGGGCUCCCUGUGGUCCCAGGUGCAGACGCGAGACCUUGACGCCAUGGAAGGUCGCGAUGGCCGGCCACAGGAUCAGUACAUAAGUCAGGAGCCUGCACCGCCGCAGGCAGCUCGACCAUAUGGAUCGUACGGUUACGGCCAGUCCGAUCAUCCACCAACCGGAGGAGCCGCCGAUGAUUACCUGCGUCCGUCUCAGCCGGACCAGCAGUACUACGGCCACACCCCGCCUCCUCCGAAUCAAUACGCCCCGCCAGCUCCCGGGCCCUAUGGACAGCCGCCGCCAGGGCCUCCUAACCAGUACGGGUAUCCCCCACAGUACCAGGGGUCGCAGUAUAGUCAAGGCCCUCCCCCUCCCGGGCAGGGAGGAUACUGGGGUGGUGGCCCACCACCACCUCAGGGUGGAUAUCCUGGGGCCGGACACGGCCCCGGUGGGCAGCAAUACCCGCCUGGACCAUACGGGCAGCCCCCGCCCGGCCAGGGCGGAUGGGGUGGCUAUCCACCACGGUACUGAGAUUUACCGCUGUAGUCGGAUUUUAGUUGUCGGCAAGUAGGUAGAGGUUAUAGAUACAGGGACCAGCGGAUCUCAGGUGAAGCUGCCAAGGGUAGGGCGGUUAUGUGACCUGCACAUUCUGCUUGAGAAGGUUACCAGACGAGUCGAUGGUGAUAAUAGGCAGGGGGGUACUUGUUGCGUGGUGAUCAUCACGUCCUUAAUGCCAAUCGUGUCUUCAAAUGUUUGUGUCCCGUUGACGGAAGGCAGGGUGUUGUUAUGUGCCGGCUGGAAAAAGUUGUUUUUCCUGCGCAGCUAUACAUGUAUACUUUUGCACAUGACUAUCACUCAGCGGCGGUGUCUAUCGGGACAAUCCAAGCCGCAAUGCAGCAAAGCAACGAAAACUGACAUACGAGUAUGAGCAUACGGCCUAAAAAAGCCUCCUGACUCAAAUUCGCAAUCUAAAAAUGUCCUAUUCA